AUGAACGUGUGGAUUGUGUUCCUUCUUUGCUUCGGAAGUGGACUGGCGCAGACUAUAGCGAGGUGUCCCAACCCCGGGGACAUCAGACCCUGCUCCUGUUCUGUUAAGAAGAACGGACUGGAUGUGAUUUGUGAAAGUACAGACCAUGGGUAUAUUAAUAAGGCCCUUACGGCUCUUAAACAGCAGAAUUCUGUGAUUUUUUACCUCAAGUUGAGGCACAACAACCUUCCGAAGCUUCCUGGGUUCGUUUUUCUAGGGCUAAUUGUCCAGCAUUUGGCGAUUCAUAACAGCACGAAAGGACUCACUCAGCUGGAUUUGUCGCAAAAUUCCCUGGCAACAGUCCCUUCACCAGCUCUGGCGAACCUUCACGCUUUGAUAAUUCUCAAUCUCAACAGAAACAAAAUCCACGAAUUGCGUAGCAAGUCUUUCGCGGGGUUGGACACUCUGGAAAUUCUGAGUCUCUACGAGAACAAAAUAAACAGCAUCGACCCGGACGCGUUCAAAGGCCUUGACGACCGGAAAUUAAAGCGCCUUAAUCUCGGAGGAAAUCUUCUUACAAAUAUACCGACUCCCGCAUUGUCAUCCCUGGAUGUUUUGAAAAAGCUCGAGAUGCAAGAAAAUAAAAUAUCAAGUAUUAAAGAAGGCGACUUUGAAGGAUUAAAAGGCCUGGACUCGCUGGUAUUGGCGCAUAAUCAAAUCAGCGAAGUACCUGCCAGAGUGUUUUCACACUUGACGCAAUUGAACUCACUGGAACUUGAAGGGAACAGAAUAACUCGCGUUGAUCCUGACGCUUUCAUCGGGUUGGAAGAAAACCUCCAGUAUCUACGACUCGGAGAAAAUAACUUGCACGUAAUACCGAGCGAUGCACUUCGACGACUUCAUCGUCUCCGACAUCUGGAUCUAAGAUCUAAUAACAUAACAGCCCUUCCGGAGGACGCUUUCGCAGGAUACGGAGAUUCCAUAUCCUUUCUCAAUCUCCAGAAAAAUUUAAUUAAAGUGCUACCGCCGACAAUUUUCGAUAAUUUGAACUCGCUACAGUCGUUGAAUUUGGGUAAUAAUAAGUUGAUCCAUAUUCCCGAAGAAAUUACUGGGGGAAUGAUUGACACACUAGUAAUGAUCGACAUUACGGACAAUCCACUAAUCUGCACCUGCGACCUGCAGUGGUUUCCCUACUGGCUAAAGAAACUAAAAGGGCAAGACGACGACACGAUGUCCAAGAAAAGGACAGUGUGUACAAUGCCGAACGAGAGGCGGGAGUACGUACUCCAGAAUUUGCCCCUCGAGAAGAUGGGUUGCGUUAGCAAAGCGGGUAAAAUAUCAUCAUCUUCAAAUAUUAUAGCGUCAAAUCCCACACAGAUACUAGCGCUCCAUCUAGCGUUCUGCGUAACCUCUAUAUUGCAUUAA